GUUAAAGUGCUCAUUGAACGCAGCAGCGCUCUGUUUGGGGCUAUCAAUUGUGGUUGGGACGUAAAUGUUUGAUUGUUACUUCCGCCGACUAAACGAUGAUAGAUCCUAAUGAACACCGUGUAACAGUAUGAAGUGUUUCUUCUGCAAUGUCAAGUGACUUCAGAAGUGCGAUGAUUCAAGUAAUUGCUCAAUUAUGUGGUCAAGUUGGCUUCGAACAAAUCACAGAAGCUUCACUUGAAUUAUUGAUUAACGUUGUGGAAGCAUACUUUUUUGCUUUGGUUAAAAAUGUACAUAUACUGACUACCUCAGAUGGUUGUGCACAGGUAGCAGAUGGAUUGCUGGCCUUGCGUUUAAUGGGCCAAACACCUCAAGGUCUCGCCAAGUUUGUGGUAGAAAACAGUCAGUUUUUCACACCAGCACCUUCUAUGACCUGUGGACCUGUCUAUGGAAAGCUGUGUUUAGAUAUUCCACCUGAAAAUCACCCAGAACUGGAAGAGCGACCUCUUUUCAUUCCCCGGCAUUUGCCGCUUAACUAUCGUGAGGAUUUCGAGAGUCAAAAUUUUUCACAGGCAGAGCAAAACGCUAUAGAAUCAAGAUCCAAUGGUUUUUCUACACUUUCAUUUCCUUGUACAGUUUUCACUAAUACCCAUUGUCUUUCUGGUUCAACUACUUCUGCCAUUACAAGCAUUGCUCGUACACUUCCUGAGUGGGCCAGUAGAUCAACUUAUCGCAUGACAUGUAUAUCAGUUGAUCCUGUAACCAAGUCUUUAGUGGAGCAUUGCCCUCCAUGGAAAGCGUCUGAUAUGCUAUCUGAGUCACCAGUACCAGAUAACUAUGCGAGCUGUUCUUCAAAUAACUUUUUUUCAUCUAUUUCAAGAAGAGAACUUGGAUACGAUUCAACACCAGACGAUGUUAAAAACAUAGAUGAAUUGGCACCGAAACAGAGUGGUGCCAGCGAUGAGCAAUGGGCAGCAGCCUUGCAGGCUACCCCGUCAUCGCAACAGUCCAAACGGAUUGUCUAUACUCCAAGUCGAUUUGAUCCUAGUUCCAUUCCACCCUCAUCAAAUAUCAAACGGAUAUAUAGUUCAUCACGUGCAUCUUUGUUAUCUAAACAUAAUACAGGAGAAAAUUCACGGAAUAAACGGCAAGCCUCGUCACUUCCUUAUUCUACAGCAUCAAAAGUUUCAAGACUUUCUUCUGGUUGUCGAGUGCACAGGCGAUCUAAGGUUGGUCGGGGUCAAUCGGGUAGAUUAUCAAAGCACCGUGUUUCAAAACCUAGUACAUCCAAUUCUCCUGUUACUGAAGGACCUUGUGAGGACAAAAGUAUGACGCGCAAAUCACCAACUCCAGUUAGUGAAUUCAACGUUGAUAUAAUCAACACGGAACUUUCUCCUUUGGACUCCGAUACAUCCACUUUAUCGAAUGGAAUCGGUUCACCUAAAUCUGGGUGCGAAAAAUCGUUCGAUUUUCCAGCGAAACUCAUCAAUGAUCAGCCUACACCACCCAGAAUUGAGUCAGGAGAUGAAAAACAAACUAUCUGGAAUGGCAAAGAUUAUCCUGAACACGAAUCGCCAUGUACUCCUCCAUUACGAAACCCUGUAAAUAACAACUCUUUGAUGACAUCGCCUGUUACAGACGCACCAAUUGACGUCAUUAUUUCACCAAAGCAACUCGAUGAUUUCAAAGCACCAAUUGAGAGUGAAUUGUUUGACUUGAAAACCACAACUAUUCCUGACAUAAAAAUUUCACCAGAAAUCUUGAGCAGUAUUAAACCCAAACCACCUCAUCACUUUCGAAGAAAAGCUCGAGGUCGAAGGAGGGAUAAGUGUAGAGUAUCUGCAUUCAAUACUCUGUUCCAGAAUCCACUUCGACAAAAAUCUUCGAAACCACUUCCUAUCAAGGCAGAUGAUCGUUCACAAGAUGUACUCCAUACACUUUUAACUAAGUCUGAAAACAAUUUUGAUGAUCAGCAGCCUGUUGCAUCUACUCCAGUGAGUCGUCCAGAUAAUUCUCGACAAACAAGAUCACUUCACAAAAGUGUAAAAAAAUGCUUAGAGCUUAAGGCUGAUGAAUCUUACGACAUCAUCAAAAGUGAACCUGUUACCAUAUCGCUUCCCUUUGAUAACAAGAGUGAGAUUGUGGACUCUCCAGCAUCUGAUGCAACUGAACCCAUGGUUUAUGGUGACAAGGCGGAACUUCUUAGGAUCCAGUGUACAGAUACUAGUUCUGCAAAGUGCAUUUCAUCAUCUAGUAACCUAACUAUGGUUUCUGGUAGUCACUUUUUGAAGUCGGAUAUUUCAGUUUUUAACAAAGAAAGCUUUGGGAAAUUACAACAACAUGCAUCAGUUGCUUUACGAUCGUUGCCUUCUUCUCCGUCGUCCCUUGAUUCUUCUCUCUGCUCAUCCUCAUCUUCUACUCCAAAAUCUUCACUGGAACAGCCAUUGCCUAUGAGAUUGGAAGUAAAUGACACGAAACAUCCUGAUCAUUUAAGGGGUGAUGUGUCUCAUUGUAGUCAAGAUUUUAAUAAAUCUCUACUCCCUAAUUCAUGCGUUCAAACCACCGUUGAAACAAACCUAUCUCCAGCGAUUUCUCCAAAUCCUAUACAACCCUCUCCUGUAGUUUCCUGCGUUAACAAAAUUUAUCCUGUGCUUUGUUCACCAGUUUACCCAGUGGGUGUUGGUCCACCUCCUCUUCUUCGCUUAUCUAACAAGUUAACGGAACAAAAACGCUCCUCUUCUUACCAUGCAACACCCGCUGAGAGUGAACGUAUCUCUGUUCUUCCACCUACGUUGGUGCCUUCUUGUACUGUCGAUCCGGAUCAGCCGAAAUCACAACAAUCAGAUUCGAUGACAGCUUCAAGCAGUUGCUUCUUCACAAAUUCACAACCAUUAACAUCCAAACCAACAGGUGAUAAGAAUGGAGGUUUGCGCAUAACCAUCAAAUUAGGUGGUGAUGUAUUAACUGAAGAACAUCUUGCUUCUUCUCUUUCUCCCACAUCUUCAUCAUCUUCAUUAUCAUCGUCGUCAGGAUCUACUUCAGGCGAUGAUGACAACACACCUCAUUAUACGCAACCAUUAAAUCCAACUCACACUUUCAAAAAAGAAACUGAGAGUAAUACUAAAGGUGUCGUGGGAAAAGACAGGUCAGAUUUAUAUUCCGGCGGAUUGUCUCAGUCAAUGACAUCCUGUGAGAAAACACCGAAACUUGUUAUUCGCCUGGGCAACGGUCCUAUCUCAUCAGGUCAACCUCAAACAGUAACAUCGUCACAUGUACAGUCGAUUAGUCAAAAUUUGGCAACACAUUCAGAAAAUUCUGCUUCACUUGUCGAUAAAAAAUAUGCAACAUCUGUAACUGCUGCACCUCCACCACUACAACUGACUAUUUCUCGUGAUAGACUAAAGUACAGGGGUCGAACUCUAUCACAAGGUAGUGAUUCAAACGCGUCAAACACCAGUUCUACAAUUACGAGAAGUCUUUCAAGUAGUGAAGAAGAAGAAGACCUUACUAUUCAAUCUCAUAUUAGUCCUACAGCGACUGCUACCUUGCCGCCACCACCCUCUUUGGAACGUCUGCCUCCUCGACCGGGUCGCAGUGGUCUUUCACCAAGCAAACUCGUGGGACAUGGACGUUCUCUUCACCACUCACAACUACCCCCACCUCUAACCCCCAGUACUACCGUGUCAGACAGUUUACCACCAAUAAAAUCGAAAGUUUCAUUGACCUCAACUGCUACAAAUGGUCCUAAUUCUACCACCACUCACUGUCAUCUUCCACCUCUUCUUCCUCUCUUCUCUUCUGUCCCAGAACGAGACGAAUCUGUUUCAUCUUUAUCGAAUUCGAGUGUAGUUAUAAUAGAUCAGCCUGUACAGAACAAAAAUUCAAAAUCAAAUUCACGUUUUGAUCGUAGUAAGAAACGGAGUCGUUCGAAUCAAGAUUCACACUUCCCUUUGGCUAAACGCAGAGCAAUGAACCAACCAUCUGUAACUCAUACGUUGGAUCGAAUUAAAACUACACCUAUCGUUCAGCGACCCCGUGCUACAGUGGACUCUGUUUUCACAGAUGAUGAAAGUGAUAAUAAAGAUGAUCAGUCUCCUCUGAUGUCUCCUCCUGUUUCUUGUUCGAUUGACACAACUGGUAGUCAAGGUGCUAUCCGUACUUCGACCAAUCGAACUAUGUACAUAGCUAACUCUGCCACAAAUUCUUUAGCCCACCUUUCUAACUCUAUUCCUCCCCCGCCAAAAUCUCAACCAAGAACUAAACAUACUAGUUUGUACAACAACAAAUCUUUAUAUCGACCUGUUACCAAAUCAUGUCGUACCUCUGUUAUGAAGAGUUCUACAUCACUGAAGAGUGGAAAAGGCCGUGGUCGUUCCAAACCGAUACCCACCUCCACAAUGGAAACAUUACCUGCCAUUGCUUCGAAAAUUGUGCAACGCGAAACUGCUUCCCAAAUUGUCGUUGAAUCUGCUGGCAGUUCAUAUUAUUUCAAUAAUGAUGGUGAACAAAUAUGGUUGUGCCCUAUCUGUCUACUGGAAGAUGAUGGAAAUUUGAUGAUUGGAUGUGAUAAUUGUGAAGAUUGGUAUCAUAGGUAACAGUUGACAGUAAUUGAAACUGAUGAAAAAGGAGUCUCUGGCAAAGCGGUUAAUCAUCAGUGGAACUGUAACUUCGCACGGUGGGUGUAUGGAUUGACUGGUAUAGGAGAGAAACUCAAACAGAGAGUGGGACAUUUCAGUGUAUAAUUGAACUUGACCUAAGUUACUAUUUCGUUUUCCGCUAUCUCGUUAGUUCCCUUAUGAAACAUCAAGGUGGACAAUGAGUGAUCAGCUCGCAACAUUUCAUUUUCGGUCUCAAGUUUGUAGUACCUAUUAAAAUUUAGCAGUUAGUUCCAAAGUUCCUCCAAAAACUUGCGCUGCAAUAACUCACUGAACUUGUUUCUGUCCUGAUAUAUUAGGAAUUCACGCAUUUGUCGUCCGCAUAAGCGCUUUAUAAAUUUACAUGACACAUGUGAACUCAUAGUUUUAUUUACUUUCUAGUGUUAUUUCAAGGUUAUGGUAUCAUUCUUUAAUGACUGUGUGUACUCAUCUCUUAGUGGAGAGUGGCUUUUAUAUGUACGCACGACAUUUGCUGUACUUCGUGAAUGAAAACAAAGUUUGAGGAAAAUUUCUUUAUAACCACCACUCUACUGACAAUUUUAUUAAGUAGCCUAAAACUUCGGAUGAAAUAUAAUCUGUUUGUGGUUUGUAAAUCUGUAUGAAUCCUGUUUACAUUUAGGUGACCCUAAAAACAAUUACCGUUAUUGUAGGAAGCAAUAACAACAAGACUAUCCAAUCAUCACAAUAUAGUUCGGUGUAGGUUCGUUGCCUGUAAGUGAAGGUUUGUAUCUUCAUUUCGAAAAUUAAAAAUAGUUGAAGUAUAUUACGUUUCAGAACUCUUUACUUGAAUUUCCUCAGCUUAUUAGUGUAGUCAGUAAAAUUUAGCAGACACUACUUUCCAAUCGUAUGUGAAAGAACGACGUUAAGACAUUAUCUGAUUAAUCCUGUCGUAAAACUAACAUUUUCUGUUAACUAGUCUGUUCUGUCUUUCUAUCUAUGAGUAGGUACUUUUUUCGUCGUAAAGAAUUUAUAGUAACCUUUAGCGUUAAUUUCAUACAGCUAGUACAAGCACUAUUAUUGAAACUACACUUAAUGAGCUGCAACCUUGUUACUAAGUUUGAACAUGUUUCGCUUAGCGACUACGUACAUAUGUGUAUGUAUUAUUGAGUGUUACGUUUCGUGUAUCAAGUUUCGAUUUUUAAGUAAAUAAUAAGUUCGUCCUCUUUAAUAACAGAAUUGCAGAAUAACACAUUCACCGUUAAAUUUACUGUAAUAUGUAGACUACAUAACUUUCAGCAUGUUUUGAAAUACGUUUUAUAUGUAUUGAGCAUAUAUUAUUCUUUGGUAUGCUUUAGUACUGGGUGUCAUUGGUACGCAUCAUGUGUAAAGCCUUAUAGAAACUAUCCAACAACACCCAUUUUGGUGAAAGAAGUAGGUCCCAGAAUUGUGUAAAUUAAAGUGUAGUGUAUAAAUCAGUAUCACAAAGUUGUUACAUGCUAAUCUAUAUAGUCUCUGGUUCAGUAUGAUCAACACUUACAAUGGAUUAUCAUAGAAGUUUAUUUAAGCCGGAAGUUCUUCUAUUUUUAACUGAUCUUAACGAAUAUCAAUCACAUUUGCUUUCAAAUAUUCAAUGUCUUAAAAUUCCUGUUUAACAUAUACCAACUGAGAAAUGAUUGUUAGUACUGUAUACAACUUAUAUCACUUAUUGUAUUCAACUAUUUCGAACCGUGUUACUUUUUAUCUUAUGAAUCAAGAAAACACUGUUUGUUUUUUCUCUUUUUAUCAAAGUACCUGUUUGGGACUUACAAAAGCACCUGAUGUUCCUCAAUGGUUUUGUCCAAAAUGCUCACAAAAACCGUUACCUUCAAAUACGCACAAUAGUGUGAAAAGUAAUAAAACUUCUGUUCCCCUUCCUAAUAAAGGCAGCUCUCAUGGUGCACUGAAUUCAAGCCUUACCGCUAAUAAUUCAGAACGUGAACUUGGGUCCAGAAAUCCUACGAAAUAUAAACCUAAAGGAUGAUACACAAUAGAAGUGAAUUAUUAAAGCCGUAUUACUGCCUUCUAUCUGUUUAUUAUGAUAUUUUUGCUCCCUGUACAUAUUUGUAUAUUACUUUCAGAUAAAAUAAUUUUUUUUUUGAUUUAUGCUCUUGCAGACUUGUAAUUAAAGUUUCAAUUG